AUGCCACGGUCCCUAGCUUCUAGGAAGAACCGAAAUGCACGCGGAGCCAAUUCAAGACUCGCUCUAUUAGAAGCACUUGACACACCUCCAGAGCCUUCGGCUGAUGCAAUUAAAACUUCGAAGUUCUUUAACGGGGAGGACUUUUCUUCAGAGGACUCCUCCCUAUCUGAGCCUGAGGAAAGCGAGUCAGCACUGCAAGACAACUCAGAUGGCGGCGGUGACGACGAUGAAGAUGAAGACGAGGAUGUGAACUGGGAAGAUGCCACUUCUAAUGCGACUCCACAUACCCAAGCUCCAGCUCCAGCUCUGCGAGAUUUGAGUAUCGUAUUAGAAAGAAAUGAAGAAUCAUUCGCCCCGUUUUCGCUUUCGUCGAAGAAAGGCCCUAGUAAGAUUGAUCGCCUAAUUCGAACACAAACACAUUGUAUGCAUGUGCAGUUUCUUCUCUUCCACAAUGCUGUUAGAAAUUCCUGGAUCAAUGAUUCAGAAACAAAGAAUAUCCUCCUGAGCCAGCUGCCAGCAAAAGUCAAGAAACACCUAAAGAAUUGGAGAUCAGCCGUUAAGUCACCUAAUUCUUUAUCAAAAGGCCAGGAUGAACCAGCAUACUACUUACUGGCUAUGCUUGCUUCCUACUGGGCUGAAUCUUUUAAGAUCACCGCCCCUGGAUUGAGAAAAAGAGGUUACAGGCCAAUUCCCGUUCUCGGAAGAGAGAUUUCUAAAUUCAAUGGUCCGGAUGAAGAUGGCAAUGACCAGGGGGAGAUUAUUCGAGAUAUCACCGAAUUUCGUGAGCUUGCUCGACAGCGGCAGGGUUCCCGUGACGUUGGUGGUCAAUUAUUUACCUCCCUAUUAAGAGCUGUUGGUCUAGAAGCAAGAAUGGUUGCCAGCCUACAGCCGAUUGGAUUUGGAUGGAGUAAAUUCGAGGACUAUAAUCCCAAAGAAAAGCCAAGUCAUUCCGAAAAGAAGAUUGAUAAAGAUCUCAGCUAUCCUAUAUACUGGUCUGAAGUUGUCUCACCUAUCACGAACGACAUUAUACCUGUGGAGGCGCUUGUACUACCAUUUUAUCUAGCAACCACGCCAGAACGUCUGGCAAUGUUUGAGCCUCCAGCACCGAAGGCAGAAAAGGCAAAACAAGUAAUAGCAUAUGUGAUUGCAUACUCUCCAGAUGCAACUGCAAAGGACGUCACCAUUCGGUAUUUGAAAAAGCAAGCCUGGCCUGGAAAAACAAAAGGGUUUCGAAUACCCGUGGAAAGAAUUCCGUACAACAAGUCUGGGAUUCGUGUAUAUUACGAAUACGACUGGUUCAGGACUAUAAUGCGGGGCUAUGUUAGGCCAGCAAACAAAAGAACUAUCGCUGAUACCAAAGAGGAUGAAGCGCUUGUACCCAGCCAGGCAAAGAAUAAUAAGCCAAAGGAGGGUGAAACGUUACAGAGUUUGAAGGCAUCUGAUGAGUUUGUUCUUGAAAGGUUUUUGAAAAGAGAAGAAGCCCUCCGUUCCGGAGCAACUCAUGUUCGUACUUUCACCACUGGUAAAAACGAGAAGAAGAAAGAGGAAAAAGUCUACAAACGGUCAGAUGUGGUGAGAUGCCUUUCUGCUGAGAGUUGGCAUAAGGAAGGACGAAAAAUUAAAAUGGGGGAGACGCCGCUGAAACUCGUUCCCAUCAGGGCAGUUACACUCAACCGGAAAAGAGAGGUUGAUGAGCUUCAUCGUGAAACAGGUGAGAAGCCAAUGCAAGGUCUGUACGCCAGAUAUCAAACAGAAUUUAUUAUCCCGCCGCCUAUCAAAGAUGGGAUAAUACCUAAAAAUGAGUAUGGCAACAUUGACUGUUUUGUUCCCUCCAUGAUACCACGAGGAGCAGCGCAUGUGCCAUUCCCCGGGACUGUCCGUGUUUGCAAGAAACUCGGGAUAGAUUAUGCGGAAGCAGUUACUGGGUUUGAAUUCGGGAGUAAAAUGGCCGUCCCUAUCAUUGAAGGAGUCGUUGUGGCGGCCGAGAAUGAGGACCUUUUGAAGGAUGCGUGGAUCGCUGAUGAACAGGAAAAGAGAAGAAAGGAGAAGCUCAAGCAUGAUAAACUUAUCCUUGCUACAUGGCGGAAAUUCAUAAUGGGCCUCCGCAUCAAUGACCGGCUCCAGGAAGAGUACGGUGGAGUGGGUGAAACUGAAUCUCACAACCCAUUUUCUAGUCGCAUGGACCCCGAGCCCCCUCAGCCUACAGAGAAAUGA